AUGAGAAAUUUACUCGAUUCCGCUAUAAAUAAUCUCAAUAUGGACAGCGGCCAUGACGAAGUUCUAAUACAGCGAUCAGGAUCAGAAUUUUUAAACCAAAAAGUGAUCCCUUGUUUUUACUUUGAUUUGGUCUUUUCAAUCUUGAAGCUUUGCUUGAGCGCCUUAUGCAUGGUAACUUACAUAUUAUCCAGCUAUUGUGGAGAAAUGAUGUCACAGCUUUUGUUAGGCUCCUUCAUCACAAUGGCAGCAGAUGCUCUCAUAUUCUUCAAUUUUGUGUUUUUCGUCAAGAAACCUCCAAAUUGUAUUAAACAUGCCUUAUCUGCCUACUGCGCUAUAUCAUAUUGUAUAGUAACUUGGUUUAUUUUAUGCUUCCAGCUCGCAUGAGGAAUAGUUUGUGUUGUAAUUUAUAUUGAAUACAAUUCCUGUGACCAAGACUUGAAUUUUACAGACUCUGUUGCCCUUGUAGUCGUUAUUUACUUUAUGGCAAACAUUUUUAGAUUAUUAUGUUCCUGCACUUUAAAGGUCUGUGCAUGCGUUUCAACUUUUGUAGCUACAAGCAAAACUGAUUCUUAG